AUGUCGGAUGCUCUCUGCGGACCCUCCAACGCGGUUCAGAACCUGGCCAAACACUCGUCGGUUGACCGGACCUUGCAGCAAGACCGCCUGGUGUCACGACAGUCGCCUGACCAAGGCUUCCGCUCGUACAAUCCGAAUGUCGCAUCAUUAGAUCCGGAAUUCGAGGCCUUCCAGAAUGGCCACGCCCAUAGCCUUGCAGGUCCCUCGUGGGCUGCUUCUUCUCUGUCCAACUUCCACUCGCAACCGCCGUCCUUCCAGUCAGCCUCUCCCCUUCCAUCCGCUUCGUGGACUCAAGACUUCAAUCGCUUGUCCAUCUCGUCUCCACAACAACCACAGCUCCAAGCAGCUCCUCAAGCCUGGCACAACCACUUUGGCCAGCAUGCACAACACCCUGCUCCUCUGAACGCUGCUCCUUCUCAGAUACAACCGCCAUCUGCUCGCUUCCAACCUCCGCUCGCCUUUAAUCACAUGCACUCCGCUCCACGCUACGCUUCUCAAUCCCAGACCCUCCACCAACAGCAGCAACAACAACAACUCCCUCAGGAUCAGUUUGACGAGGCUGCCUUCGAGGCUGCCUUCGAUGCCGCUCUACAGGAUGCUUCCAUGGAUCAAGACUCUGCCAUACAAGAACACGAACAACCUGACCCUUUCGACUUUGAUUCCUUCCUUCCAGACAUAUAUCCACACCUCCCUCUGUUUCGUCUUGCGCUAGCCAAUGCUUUGGUCACAAACACAGAUGAGUCGCUCCAUCGAGCCGCCAAGAUUGUUGACGCUCUCAUAAAACAUCCCCAGACUAUGGAUCCCAUCCAAGCCAUGCUCUUCCGACCCCUUUUGUCUGCUUUGAACGAUCCCAAACGCACCUUGUUCUCCCAACGAUAUGGCUACGAGCCCGCCUUGAAUCAAAUGUUGGAUGGCCUUGCUCAACAGACUGAAAAUACUCGUCUUGACAUAAGUGCUUCGACUGAGCAACUGUUGGCUUCAUACGCAGACUUGCUUUGGCAGAGGACCGAGUCGAAUCAUUUACAACCCACAAACAUCCCCCGUGCUGCCGACAACUCUUAUUGGCUUGAAAACUUCUUUCGAGAGCAGGACUCGGUUCCUGCCCAAAAUAUUACUCAGCAAUCUGCGAGACUCUUGACGAAAGGUUUCAACCGCCAAGUCAUAUCGGACACACAUUCCCAAGCUCUGAGUCGAGUGUUGGAAUUGGAAUACGAGGUUUACUCCAAGCGACCCGCCGUUUCGGCUGUCUCGACUCAGCAACCAGCAUCCGUUCAGGAGCGAGAGGCCAUGUUGUUCACCAUGAUGGAACACGUUCUAGCUGCACCAGAAACGGUUGAAGCUUUGGAGGCAGUGACUCCACACGCACUUCGAGAUUACGAGAACCAACUACGGCUAUUGGAGCAGCAGAAUCAGAGGCGUCACAUAUUACAUGAAGCAAGAGCAUUGGAGCAAGAACAGGCUAGAAACCCCCUCAUGCAAACUCCAGGGGCGCUUCCCCACAUGACGGGAGAUUUGUUCGAGUCGACGUUCGGGGAUGAACUGCCGGAAGAUGUAAUGAACGAGCAGGCAGAGCAGCAUCUGAAAGAACAGAAAGAGCUGGAUCGGCAGAAUGAUGACGAGUUGGCACAGACUGCAGCCAAUCUACUCGAGCGAGUGUCUGACAACCAGACAUCAAAGUUCAAGAACAGUGCCUUCUUGGGAUUAAUGAGACAGCUCGCAGAUCGAGAAAUCAGAGUCGAAGGAGAUAAGAUGGUCCCCGUGAGUACAGCUAAGCUGCACCAAGCCAGUCAAUAUGCUCUCCUUGGAAAGAAUUGCUAA